CAGAAGCUCUGUUCAUUGGCAAUUUUACGGUUUUAAUGAACACAACGUUAUCAGUCACUUGCCCAUACACGCCUGGGAACCCAGCGGAGACGAGAUUCACGUGGUUCUACGCCAAUACCUCAGCAAUUGGAUCUAAUCAAAACCUGUCUUUGUCUAAUGUGCAGCUAACAGGCGAAGGUUACUACAAAUGCAGAGUCAACAACACUAUGGAUCCUACGGGAUGUACAGCUGAGGAGGGAUACGAUGAAACAACAUUUUUCGUGGAUGUGCAAUAUCCUGCUAAGAUACGUAGAUUUUCUGCCGACGGGUCAGUUUUCGCGUCUAGUGUAACUAUCAACGAAAGUCAGACUGUGACGCUACUCUGUGAAGCUGACAGCGACCCUUUAGCAACACUCGAAAUCGUAAAUUUUACAAAAAGUGAUGAGCGCUUAUUGGGGGAAGCGCACAAUAACACAAUAUCCGCUCGUGUGGUGAAUGCGCGAUGUGAAUUUGAUAUGGGAGUCUAUCAAUGUAAAGGAAAAAACAUCCAUAAUGCAGUUCAACAGGUUCGAGAAAUAGAGAUCAAAAUAGCAUGUUCUCCAAGACCUUCACCAUUUACGACACCGAUUGUCACAGCAUAUAGAAGAAGAAAUUCAUCAGCUAUAUUAUCGUUCACUAUCGUGGCCUAUCCUCCCCCAAAUGAUGCUUCAGCAUAUGUUUGGCGUAAGCAGGUAGAUGGUAAAUGGGUGACACUGCUCAAUAACAACAGGUUUCAAAUUCGUUUAUCAAACGACAGUCUACAGACAAACCUCUCCAUAUCGCAACUACAAAUUGACGAUUUUACAAACUAUUCGGUCCGUGUGAACAAUCAAGUUGGAUCUACAGAGCAAACAUUUGUCAUUCGAGCAACUGAGCAGCCCUCUGUGCCACAACAACUUCUUGUCGUCGAUGCCAUGGUGACUGAAAGUUCCGUCACAGUUAAAUGGACACCUGGAUUUAAUGGGGGUGAAGACCAAUGGUUCGUGAUCGGUUACAAAAAGGCAGCAGAUGAAUUUUGGACUUACAUAAACGUUUCUUCAACAGUUACUCAAUUGAGUAUUGGGGACUUAGUUGCGGGUACCAAGUAUGAAGUUAAAAUGUAUGCAGAGAAUAUAAUUGGCAAAUCGGAUGAAACCACUGCAUUAAGUGUGACAACACAGUCUGUUAUUUCAGAUAACGGAUCGUCUCCAUCUGUCGGAGCUGCAGUAGGUGGUGCUGUAGGCGGAAUUCUUGCGGUAGUCAUUUUCGUUGUGCUGUGGAAAUAUAGGAACGCGUUUAAACGUAAACCUGGUGAAGGUGCCCAGUACGAUGACUUGUUCAAUAGACAAGCCGAUGUCCUUGCUGCCAAUACCAGUUCCGAAUAUGAAGCCUACCGAGUCGGUAUGAUCAUGGAUAUUCAAAUGCGUAUCAUUAAUCUCAGCAAACAAACCAGUACGAGACACUCGCGGAAACUUCGUUUCAUGAAUAUUCGGUAUUAUCACCUGGCGGCAAACAGGAUUAUAGUGUUACGAACCGUGUAACUCAAGGUACUGAAAAUGAUUGUGCAAGUUUGAAUCAGCAAAACGCGUAUGUAAAUGUGUAAUAAUCAGAAACAUAAAUAUCGUUUCAUUUGGUAACUAGAAUGAUUACAUCAACAAUAUUUAUAGCGCAAAUUAAACUAUUCACAAAGUGAAAGUUGUUUGAUUAGAAUGUUUAAUGAUAGUUGUAAGUUUGUGUAGAAUGUGCAUUGAAUUUAUACAGUCAAUAUUUGAAUUUAUAUUGUUAAACAUUUGUUUCUUAAUAUUGAAACAUAUAUAAAUCAAUUUACUUGACCAUAAGCAUAUACAUUCAACAAAUCAACGCUUGUUAUUAUCCAAACGUUUUCGUUGAUGUAUUAACUACUUUAUUCUUACAAAUAUGGAAAAAAAAAUAAGUUUACGAUUUUAAGUAGAAUCUUUAACGAAACAAGUGAAUAUAACAGUAAAAGAAAAUUAAGUAUUUAAUUGCGUAUAAUUAACAUAUGUAUGACGAAAAUCCGUUACAAUAAUACGAGCGUUUACCAAUUAAAGGGAUGCAACUCAUAUAUAUUUAUACACUAAUGUUAUUGAUAUAGUUAAGCUAUUAUUUUCAUAAAACUAUAAGAAUUAACACGAACGAUAUGUCUUUCAUGAUCUACAGUAUUUCAAAGAUAUUACUACAUCUAUGGUUAAUUAAAUCAAUUUAACACCAUUUGAAUCAUAUCUUAAAUAUAAGAUCGUUCUUAGAACAUUAUUAAUGCAUGUGUUUGUUAAACGUGUAAUGUGUAGAUAAUUUAAUGUGUUUUUACUCAUGUGCAUGUUCAGCAUAUACAAACGUUGUUACAAAAAUCAUGUAUAUAAUAUUUUUACGAGGGAGUAUUCCUUUAGUGAGAUAACCAGUUUCUAUCCAUUCACUACAGAUACAAAAAGUAAAACAAAAUUUAACGUUCAACGCGCAGCUAGUGUUUGGAAACUAUUUAAGCAUCAGUGACAAUGUUGCGAUGAAAACAUUUGAACCAUGUAAAAUAAUAUUAGUCCAAAUGUCAUUGUGUUCAUUUAAUGCUCAAUAUUUGUUUUGCAUGUUUUUGUAUGUAAUUGUUGAAACAUGGUUUAACGACUGAGUGUUCGAUCAUCUUUUAAACUCUUUGUCUUUAUGAACAUGUUAGUAUGUCAACAUCAUCAUCAUUAGGCUACUCUAUUAAGUCGUACCGAAAAUCUCAUGGGCAAUCACUUAAACCUUUGAUUGAAUACUAUAAGACACCAAGACCAAUAUUUCGAUCAUUUAGUAGGUCAUCAACUGCGGACGAUUAUUAUAUAAAAUACGCUGAAUAUGUAUUUUUGGGGAUGACAUUGAGCUCUUAUAUGACUUAAACACGAGUAAGUGUUCGAGUUUGGCUCUUAUAUUCCAGCACUUGCAGUGUGUUAUGUUAAUGGUUAUAUGUUUUCAAAAUGUAAUUUUGUAUAACCAGAAUAAAUAAAUAAAUGUU